AGGCGUCGGGAGGGCCUAGAUCCGUGUGCAGCGCCCUUCGGCCGGCCUGAGGCCCAGAGUCAGCUCCCCUUUCUCGCCCAGCGCCCCCAGGCCGCUCCCGGGGCUCACGGAAUAGUACAAAAACGGAUAGAAAACAUCUUCUAGGACAGAAGGGAGAGCACAGUUUGGAUCAAAUCAGUUCCCCGAGCCUGAAUGAUGACUGCUGAAUCAAGGGAAGCCACGGGUCUCUCCCCCCAGGCUGCCCAGGAGAAGGAUGGGAUUGUCAUAGUGAAGGUGGAAGAGGAAGAUGAGGAGGACCACAUGUGGGGGCAGGAUUCCAGCCUGCAGGAGAGUCCUCCUCCCGACCCGGAGAUAUUCCGCCAACGUUUCAGGCACUUCUGUUACCAGAACACUUUUGGGCCUCGAGAGGCUCUGAGUCGACUGAAGGAACUUUGUCAUCAGUGGCUACGACCAGAGAUAAACACCAAGGAGCAGAUCCUGGAGCUGCUGGUGCUGGAGCAGUUCCUUUCCAUUCUGCCCAAGGAGCUCCAGGUCUGGCUGCAGGAAUACCGUCCUGAUAGUGGGGAGGAGGCCGUGACCCUUCUGGAAGAUUUGGAGCUUGACUUAUCAGGACAGCAGGUCCCAGGUCAAGUUCACGGACCUGAGAUGCUCGCAAGGGGGAUGGUGCCUCUGGAUCCUGUACAGGAGUCCUCGAGCUUUGACCUUCAUCAUGAGGCCACCCAGUCACAUUUCAAGCAUUCAUCUCGGAAACCCCGCCUCUUACAAUCACGAGCUCUCCCUGCCGCCCACGUUCCUGCCCCUCAUCGUGAGGGGAGUCCCAGAGACCAGGCGAUGGCAUCUGCAUUAUUCACGGCAGAUUCCCAGGCAAUGGUGAAGAUCGAGGACAUGGCCGUGUCCCUCAUCCUGGAGGAAUGGGGAUGUCAGAACCUGGCUCGGAGGAAUCUCAAUAGGGACAACAGGCAGGAGAAUUAUGGGAACGUGUUUUCCCAGGGUUGUGAAAACAGAAAUGAGAAAGAGGAGUCAACCUCAAAGGCUGAAAUCACAGAAGACUCAGCAUCACGUGGGGAGACAACGGGAAGAUUCCAGAAAGAUUUUGGAGAAAAACGUGAACAGCAGGGCAGAGCAGAAAGGCAGCUGAGAAACCCUGAGGAGAAAACUGGAAAAGAAAAGAGAGAUUCAGGGCCAGCUACAGUCAAGGAAAAAAAACCCACCACCGGAGAGAGAGGUCCAAGGGAGAAGGGUAAAGGAUUGGGAAGAAGCUUCAGCCUGAGUUCAAACUUUAACACCCCUGAAGAAGUUCCGACAGGAACCAAGUCUCAUCGAUGUGAUGAAUGUGGUAAAUGCUUCACAAGGAGUUCAAGCCUUAUUCGCCACAAAAUAAUCCACACUGGAGAAAAGCCCUAUGAAUGUAGUGAGUGUGGGAAAGCCUUCAGUCUUAAUUCAAACCUUGUCCUCCAUCAGAGAAUCCACACAGGAGAGAAACCUCAUGAAUGUAAUGAGUGUGGCAAAGCCUUCAGUCAUAGCUCAAAUCUCAUUCUACAUCAGCGAAUCCACUCCGGAGAGAAACCUUAUGAAUGUAAUGAGUGUGGGAAGGCCUUUAGCCAGAGCUCAGACCUUACUAAACAUCAGAGAAUCCACACCGGAGAAAAACCCUAUGAAUGUAGCGAAUGUGGAAAAGCUUUCAACCGAAACUCAUACCUUAUUUUGCAUCGAAGAAUUCACACCCGAGAAAAGCCCUAUAAGUGCACUAAGUGUGGCAAGGCCUUCACCCGGAGCUCGACGCUCACUCUGCAUCACAGAAUCCAUACCCGAGAGAGAGCCUCCGAGUACAGCCCAGCCUCCCUCGAUGCAUUUGGAGCAUUCCUGAAAAGCUGUGUGUAAAGCAAGAAUUUGUCAAAAAGCCAUUUCCCCCCUUUGUUUCUAAAAUUAUUUCAGAGGUAUGUGCCGGUGGAGGGGGAAAAAAAAACAGCUUCAACAGAUUUUUUAAAAAUCACACUAAGGAUCCUUGUGGUUACAUCAGCAGCGUUCUGCCUUCUCGUAGUCCGUGGGCAUGUCAUUCUUCCACACAGCCCCUGCAGGGAAAAGCUAGUCACAUGGAUAAUCCACAUGAUAUUUCCACACAGAAUAAAAGCACACACAGGAAAAUGUCAAGCUGUUCAGUAAUGAAGAUACCUUUAAGGCACUGUUGGACUCUCAGCAACCACAAUAUAUAAUUGAAAGAUUAAGAUUGGCUCUGUGAAAAUGAUACUGAGGUCAAAAAGCUGCUUGCUGCAAACAAGCCCUAGUUGGCCACCAUCUUGCUGUCCCUUAUUUCUCAAAAAAGAGGGACAGUUAAAAACUCCAUUGGGGCAUGCUGCUCAAACUAGUUAUAUAUACAGUAAGUUAUAUAUAUGAUCACUGGUAGCCUACCAAAGCUAUAGAAAUCGAGGACUGUGCUGAUGAGUAUCAAACCAAAGAUUUCUGUCUCUUCCUGAAAGAGAGGGUAUGUGCACCAGUCUGUAGUUCCAAAGGACUGCAACACGUAGAUGGUUCUGUCCUCAUCACUGAGAUAAAUUCUACUGAAAUAACAACAGUGAUUCAAAACACUUCUCUCCCUUCUAGAAAUCCCUAAAGCACUAUCGCACUCCUAGUUGCAUUUCUCCACGAGUUGGCACUUGACUGUGUACUGUCUUCUAAUCCUUCAUUGUUUUGUGUAUGAAAGUUUUCAUCACCCCCCAAAAGAGAUGCUUCGAUCAUCAAGGGGAUAUAUUUAUAUCCUCAGCAGCGCUGGACACAGUGCUGAACACAUAAGAGGCCCUCAUUAUGCCUGACUUCUAACAGGACUUUUACAUUGAUGGUAAAGCCCUGUGAGUCAUGAGUACCUAAAAUGUGGUAGCCUGACCCAGCUUUUGAAGAGGACCUUCAGAGCCUGAGGCAUGCUAAUCCUCUAGGGUCUGAUGCUAUUUUUGUCCUAAAUAUAAAAGAAAGGCGCUGGUUGGCCACCUGCGUAGACUCUUUCUAAAUAUGGAUCAAUGAGUAAAUACCAUGGAAUGUCAGAAAUGACUCUUGUCAUGAUCUUAAAGAAGAAAAAUGUGAAUGCUUACUAAGGCCAUUUCUUGACAUCUUUCUGUGGUAAAGAUCUUAGCCAGAAUUCUCUUCAGUCGGCUGCUGAACAACAUGAUGAUUUGGGCACUUGCUGAAUCAUCUGUAACUUUAAAUAAUAUAGUUCAGAAGAUGUGAUU